GAAGAAAGUAGAAUGAGAAUUAUAGAUUUAGAAAUAGAACUUAAUGAAUCUUCGCUUAUACUUUCCGAAAUACUUAAAAUAUCAGACAGCCAAGAGCUUAAUAGCAUAAAGAAAAGCAAAAGUUUUUUCGAACUACAAAAAAGCGGUAAGGUAGUGGAUAGGCUAGACAAGUGCAAAUUGAGCAGGAGCUACAACGACCUGAUAAAUAUUAAUAGAGACGAUAACGUACAUACAAAUAUACACAAGCUAACGAGAAAGAUAGCAAACCUAACGAAGGAAAUCGAAAUUAAAAAUGCUAAAAUAAUAGAACAGCAACGAUGUAUAUCGAUUUUAGAAGACGCUCUGAGAGAAAAUAAUAAUAUAACUGAAUUUGAACAAUUACUAGCAGUAGUCAGGAGCAAAGACGAGAGAAUAACUGAGCUAGAACAAAUAUUAAACAAAAAACCUGGUGCGAUGUGCACCGUGUAUAAUGACAAAAGGAUAUUAGAAUUAGAAGACGCUCUUAAAGAAUCUUUCAUGAUAGCAGCUGAAAGAGAAAAGGUUUUCUUUGAAGAAGAACAGAAGCGGAUUGAAACAUUGCAGAAGAUGAAGAAGAUGGAGCAACGUGUUCUAUCAUUACAGAAUGCUUCGAUAAUGAACUGCGAGACGUGUUCGACGGUGCUGAGGCGACUGAAGCGGCUUGAAGAAACGUAUCAACAUUGCCGAACGAAGAGGCAAGGAAUAUUGCGGCAUUUAUCGUAUGUUAUACAAGACUUAUUGGAAGGAGCGAUCACUGAAAAGGACUCUCAGAUAGCCGAGCUUGAAGUAAAAGGUGUUCUACAUGAAAACGAGACAAAGGCAUCCGAUGUACUUAAGGAUGAAAAAGAAAAACUGCUCAAUAGACUUAAGAUCGAGAAUGAACGAAUAGUGGAGUUCGAAAGAGAUUCGAGCGAGCCAGACCAAGACGAAGGUACUUUACCAGUCCUGACGCUCGCUGACAACCUCGUAGCCGCCUGCGAAGAUAAUGUAAUUGUUUGGGGAGAGGACAUACCAGCAACUAUACUGUGACGUCAGAAAGCUAAGUCUUAUCGUAAAUAUGUUGUGGCCUAGCAUCCAUCGCACCUCACCAUCACGCUACCUUACCAUCAUUGCUUAUCACUCCAGCCUUACCGCCCAAAAAUUAAAAAAAAAAAACCCGCUUGCCAUUUCUGAACGUGUUCAAAAAUCGCGCCCUACGACCAAAGAGGUUUUGUAAAUAAAGAUUUAAUUUCUUUAAUUUUAUUUUUUUAUUUAUGAUUUCAAGGUCUCCAAUUCGACGUAAGUGUAUAUUUUUUUAAAACAGUUCCGAUUGAUAUGGAACCAAAUUAUUCAUAUACCUAUUUUGUUAUCUAUAGUUAACCAAUUGUUAAAGAAAAGUGUAUACCUAUAGAGCAAUAAUUUAAACUUCUAGAAGAAAUUCACACUCAGUGUCUAUUUUUAUCUUAAUACUAGUCAAAUUUAUCAACGUUUUUCUGCUAUAUAUGAUUUAACCUACAUUGUUAAUGAAUUAUUGCUUUAAUAUGUAUAAAUAUAUGUUAUUGUUUUAUUGGGUAGUAUGGUAUAACCUAUGCUCAUUUCCUUCCAAGAUUAUUACAUAAUUGUUACCUAAUUCUGAACUUUUAAUAUAUUUAGACGCAAACCUAAUGUUAAACACGAUUGAUUCCGCUACAGAGCUUAGCUAAAUUAUAUAAAUGUCACGUUUUUGUUCAAUAUCAAAUUAUUAAAUUGCAAAUAAAUUACUUAGUACGUUUGAAUAGAUUUUUGUAAUACUUUUACAUAUCAAGCACAAAGUAUAAUGAAGCCUCCGAAUCAAACAGAUGGCAUAUCAUUAAUUUACAAUUAGCUUCAAAUAGGAAACGCUAUUGGUGUUAAAGAACGCCCGUACAUUGUCAACAUAAGCACUGCCUUACAUUCUAAGGAAAUUGACAUUUUCAUUAUAAUAUAAACUGAGCGAACGUUUGCACGAACCGAUGAGACAUCCGCUCUCGUUGACUGGUCGCGUCGAAGUGAUGUUAUUUGCGGUACAUCAAAGCCAAUCUCCGUUUCGGCAGUUAAAAUUUAAAACUACAGUAUUUUAUAAAUGUAUCGUGAGCUUUUUAUAAAUGUAUUUACAACUGUGUCACACUGUUACUGUAUUACAUUUGUGACCCAAUAUCGGCAUAUUUGAAAAUCCAAUUUGUGAACAAUUUCAAUACCGUUGAAUAAUUUAGCCUAGUCAGUUUUAACUCCUAAUGAUGUGUAAUUAAAUUUUUAUUGCUGUUUUAGGCAAAGCUUUAAUGCACUAUCCGUAUUUCAUGAAUUGGAUUUUAUUAGCCGAUUCGUAAUAAAACAUCGAGUGAUCUCAAUUUUCGCUGUUUUACUAUUUGUAAGGACUAUGGCCACUUUAAAAAAAAAUCCUCAUUAUCAUAAUUUUGAUUAAGAUAUUAUUUUUUUUUAUAUUUAAUUUUUUUUUUUAUUUCACAUUAAUUACGUCCGGUUAUCAGUUUUUGGGUCCAAAUUGGCCAUUGUCCUUUAGCGGUUAAGCUGUCAAUUUAACUUCGACAUUUUGCGAUUGCGUUGUGAGUGGAUUGUGAAAAUAAAUGAUUUUUGGAGUUGGCAAACUGGCUUUUUAUACUCGAUACAUGUCGCUGAACGUAGUAUGUAUUUAUGGUAGGUUGGGCAUAGACAAGCUGCAAUGUUCCGUUGAUAUUCGAAAUUCAAAUUUGUUAAAAGUUCCAUAUUUAAAUUUAUUUAUUUUUUCGUUUUGAUCGCGGACAGAACUUUGCAGCUUCAUUUUUGUAUCGAAUCAAAGUGUGUAGAGAUUGUACGAUCACAAUAAUUAUGGUAUUAUAUAAUAUUAGUUACUUGUUACAUAUUAUUAUAAUGGUAUUAAGCCGUGGGUUGCUGUUUCCCACGUUGUAUUGACGAAACUAUGCUAAAAAAUAUAAGAAUACAUGUUCUUUGAAAAUAUAAUAUCUUCAUGUAAUA